AUGCCAACCCAGGCUCUGUUGCUUAUCCUGCUCCUCUGUUUGCUGCUGCUGCAGGCCCAGGGAGGGUACCAUAAAUCCAAGAGGACGCAGGAAAUACAGCUGAUUAAGGAAAUCAAGGUCUGUGAAAAGCACACCACCAUAUACAUGUGCAGACGCUCAUGUGAAUAUCAUCAAGACUGUCAAGCAAAUAACAUAUGCUGUUCAACCUUCUGUGGGAAUAUUUGCAUGAGCACCCUCCAGUGA